AUGCAUGGGGAUAUUAGCCUAUUUGGGUUUGAAAGCAAGAUAUUUGUGCCGCAGUUUGAUAUGAAUUUUGAGCAAAUAUUGAAGCAGCAUCUACAACUUUGUUUGAAUGCAUCUACACGGGUUUGCGCGCACUUGUCAAAGCCCAAGAGAUUGUCGAGUAAGGCGCUGAGAACGAAGAGGGUGGAAGGAAGCCAGGAAGGAUAUCAUCAGGCGCUGAAUGACGCAGAGGAGAUAACAGAGAAAAUAAGAGGAGAAAAUGACUUGAAGCAGGUGCUGAAGGCGGUGGAGAUGGACAGAAGCCUUGAUCAAUAUCCCCGGGCGCUGAGUGACGUAGAAGAGGAAGUAGAAUGGAAAACGGAUGACGUAGAGGUGAUUAGUGACACAGAAAAGGAAAUGACAGAUGGAGAGAAUCAGGACGUUAAGAUUCACACACAGUCCCAAAUAAAAGAACAUGAAUAUCGUGGGAAAUUAGAGAUGAUUACUGAAGGGGAAGUUCCCGGUUCGGACCAUAAGAAAAGAAAUGAAGUGAAUGUCAGUGCAGUCAUUGAGCUGAAAGAGGUUUCGAAGUCAACAGAAACCAAAACACCUGAGAAAACAGUUGAGGGACACGUAGUCAAAGAAGUUAGCGAAUUUGGACCAUCAGAAACUGAGAAAACAGAUGAGAAAAGUGUACCUUCUGAAACCCCAACAGAGAAGAAACGUUCGCUAGUAGGCCUGAUACCAAUGGGACGGAAAGAAAUAGAAACUACCUUGCCGAAAGUGGAAGAGACAAGAACCUCUCAAUCACCUGAGGCGAAGAAAGAAACUCAGAAGUCUCAACCUCAUGAAUCCAGAGGGAAGAAGCCUAAAGAAAGCCUUCGUCCUUCUGGAAUCAAGAAAGGCGUAACCGGAAAAUCCAAGACUCCUGACGCUGAAACAAAAGGAGUUGCACCAAUCGCUGUGGGAACCCCAUUUGAGAGAAAAGUAUCAGGAAUUAAGAAAAGGAAGGGAGGAAAAUUUACAUUACCUAGUGUGAAUGCUAAAAAGGCAAGGAGACCUGGACCGUCUGUAGAGAAGAGAAAAACAGGAAAACCCCAACCUCAAAAGUUCAGUGCAAGAAAACCUGGAUCCCCUGAGACAAAGAAAAAAACACAUAAGGCACAACCUCCUAAGUUCAAGGGGGUAAAACCAAAAAAGUCUGUGGAAGCUCUGUUCAAGUCGAACAAGACAAGGAAGCGUGGACAGUCUGAAGCGAAGAGAAAAACAGGAAAACCUCAACCUCGUAAGUUCAAGGGAAGAAAACCAAAGUCUUGGCUGCCUCUGCUCAAGGGCAAUGGGACCAGGAAACCCGGAUCAUCUACGGUGAAGAAAAGGACAGAAGUGAAGCAAUCUAAGGGAGCCAGAAAGGCAAGGCAACCUGGAUCAUCUGAGGCGAAGAAAAAAAUGAAAAAGUCUCAGCCUCCUCAGUCUAAAGGGAAAAAAACAAAAAGGUCUGUGGAAGCUCUGUUCAAGUCGAACAAGACAAGGAAGCGUGGAUCAUCUAGGGGGAAGAAAAUGACAGAGAAACUCCGACCUUCUGAAAGCAAGGGAACUAGUACCAGAGAAUCAGGUGAGUCACUCAUUUCUGUGAAGCAAACAAAGAAAAUUGAAGCAGGAAGUGAGAUGCCACUGAAAAAGAAAAGAGCAAAAUCCACACUACCUAAGGCAGAAGACGCUAAAAAGGCAAGGAGACCUGGACAGUCUGUAGUGAAGGGAAAAACAGGAAAACCCCAACCUCGUAAGUUCAAGGGAAGAAAACCAAAAUCUUGGCUGCCUCUGCUCAAGGGCAAUGGGACCAGGAAACCCGGAUCAUCUACGACGAAGAAAAGGACAGAAAUGAAAGGCAGGCAAUAUAAGAGAGCCAGAAAGACAAGGAAACCUGGAUCAUCUGAGGCGAAGAAAAAAACGAAAAAGUCUCAGCCUCCUCAGUCUAAAGGGAAAAACACAAAAAGGUCUGUGGAAGCUCUUUUCAAGUCGAACAAGACAAGGAAGCGUGGAUCAUCUAGGGGGAAGAAAAUGACAGAGAUACUCCGACCUUCUGAAGGCAAGGGAACUAGUACCAGAGAAUCAGGUGAGUCACUCAUUCCUGUGAAGCCAACAAGGAAAAUUGAAGCAGGAAGUGAGAUGCCACUGAAAAAGAAAAGAGCAAAAUCUACACUACCUAAGGCAGACGCUAAAAAGGCAAGGAGACCUGGACAGUCUGUAGCGAAGGGAAAAACAGGAAAACCCCAACCUCGUAAGUUCAAGGGAAGAAAACCAAAAUCUUGGCUGCCUCUACUCAAGGGCAAUGGGACCAGGAAACCCGGAUCAUCUACGGUGAAGGCAAGGCAACCUGGAUCAUCUGAGGCGAAGAAAAAAACGAAAAAGUCUCAGCCUCCUCAGUCUAAGGGGAAAAACACAAGAAAGGUCUGUGGAAGCUCUGUUCAAGUCGAACAAGAGAAGGAAGCCUGGAUCACCUAA